AGAAGAAACUGUUGAGUAAGAAAGAAGACGAUCGAAGAGAAGUGAAAAAGGAAUGUUUCUGGUGUCAUCGGAAGGAGCGAUCGGAUUCUCCAUGGGGGUUGCGGCGGACACCAUACGGUCCUCCGGGCACGCGACCUGUGGGAGGGUCGUUCCGCUCUGCUGAAUCGUGAAACCGCCCUAGUGUGCAUUAGCAUUGUUCCGCUGUUCAUCUUCGUCGUUACGAACCCUAUCAAGGAACUUCUUCUUCUUAAAAAAAAAAAACAAAAUUGCUUGAGCACAAUUCUCCACACUUUAACGAGUUCCAUACUCAAGACUUCGUUCAACGAACUUGAAAUCGUCGCGAAAGUUGGUCGAGGAAAGCGAACAGAAGAGAAGAUGAGCGCGUUCAAGAGACAUCAGAGCAAAGUGUUCUGGGGGCACAUGGCGUCCCAGGAUCGAGAAAGUUUCGAUCCUUUCGCCUCGAGGAACGAUUUCGCCAAAGUCAAGCAAAAUCUUGUCCGCGAGUUCGAGAUAGUCGAAGAGGAACCGGAAGAGGAACGAUCGUCCAGCGUCAACGAUACAAGCGACACGAUCGACGGGGAAAAUGUAACGGCUAUUCGCGUUUGUACGAAUGAAAACGACGAUCGAACAAUCUAUUCGACUACCACGAUCGAAGAUGAAAAUCUGAUGACUCAGACGGUCACGAUGGACAUAAAGGACGAAGAAGACAAAGAGGACGAGCAGAACAUCGUUCUCGCAAACAGAUCAUCCAGCCCUUUGAGUCAAGAUCUUCGAAGUCUAGAUUCCGGUUUCUCCGAUUCGGAGCGGUCCAAUUGCUCAGAGUUCUACGAGAAUGAAACACCGAGGCGUCGAAGAAGAAGGAAACGAGUGAAAGAUCGACGACACGGUAUGCAUCCAAGGAUUGGCGCCGUUUGGUUGGAAGAUGAGACUCUCCCAAAUCCUACAUACACUUCGACACCCAAGGACUCGAGAAUUUUACCUCGAAAAACUGUGGUCCUUAACGCAAAUGCCGAAAGAAGCGUGUCAAGAGCGCAAAGAACGGAAGACGAUCAAGUAGACGUGUCAGCGAUAUCACCGUCUGUCUCCUUGGAAGAUGAGUGUCUCGGUGAUUUCUUGUACGCGGCCGAGCCGCCAGAAGAUGCAGCCGAGUCGAGAAGCGCGAACUCGUCGAUAACGAGCAACUUUUCUGAGGCGGAGCCGAUCUACAAGUCAGCGCUGCAUUCCAGAACUUACAGGCAGUCUUCGUCUGUGAGAGCAUGGCUGGGUGAUCUCGCUGUAGAAACUGAAAACGAGUGCGGCAACACACUUCAGAGUAAAGCGCUACCGCGACGAAAGGCUCGCGAGUUCUUGAACGAAAAGGACGAGAUGAACGAUCUCAAGGCUCUGUCGUCUUUGGCUACAGCUGCAGCCAACAAAUUGCUCGUCAGAGCUGAGCAAUUCGAUCGACAUUAUCAGUACAUAUUCGAUAAAGUGUCGCAUUUAGAAAGCGGCAGAUCGGAACAGCAGCUCCUACGUGCCAUAGAGGACGACGCUUUCUCCGUGCUUUCGGAGCUAGGUGCACCGCCUCCGCGUAGAAUUCAACAGAGCAGCUUGAAAGGAAUCCUAGCGCAGCUAGAAAGUAUGAAGAAUUACGUGGACAGUGCUAUAGAUACUCGUUUAGAUUUUUAUAUCGAGAGAGUGGUGAGAGGAUUAGAGGAAGCGCCGAAGGACGAUACCAUGUUAGCCAGAGGUGCUUUGGCGGCUUUAACGGCUCUAGGAUUGGCGGGACCUCGAGCUGGAAGCAGUAUUACAAGGUGUUUAGGUAUCAGGGCACUUCUCACGUCACUUAUCACCGCUGGAAGGACGUCGGUAGAUUUUGUCGCAGCUUCUCUGCGCGCUUUGGCAAGCGUGUGUUGUUCUGCCACGGCGAUAGAUCAGUUUGUGAAAGAUGGAGGUCCAGAGAUAUUGACAGACUUACUGGUCGCUGAUAACAAGUCUGAGAAGGAAAAGAUGGAGGCAACUGCUUUAGUUGUACAAAUCACUGCACCAUGGGUGAACGCUUUGGGCCUGCCUUACUUGGAACCUUUUGUCAAAGAUCUAAUACCGCCUUUAAACCGUCUAGUCGAGAGCACCAACUGUGGCCAAACUUUACUGCUGGUCGCAGCUGCGUUUAACCAUUUGUCCAAGUCGAGGAAAUGUGCCAUUGUGAUACUGGAGCAUAACACCGUUAAGAAGUUGCUGAGAACUGUAAAGAAGUCAACUGGCAGAAAUGUUUGGUUGAUGGAGCAGGUAGCGGGCCUUAUCAGCGAGUUGGCGCGCAUUCCUGAAGCUCGAGCGCACCUGGCGGAAGCCCGUGCCUCUAUCGCGUUGGUUUCUUUCCUCAGAAUGAGACCUCCGGGCUUGGAGGAUGCGUACAAACGUUUAGAGAUUACCGCCGCGACGGCAUUAACGAGACUCUGUGUCGAUCCAGAGAUUGCAAGGCAAGUUGUUGCUGUUGGUGGCGCGGAUUGUUUGCCGUCGUGUAAGGCUGAGGAUCUUCUGACCGAGAACGAAGAGCAAAUCGAGGCUGGAUUGCUCAGGUAUACGAAGUCUUUGAGAAGAGCUUGCAAAAGAGCCGCGAAACAAAUUGACAUAGCGAAAGCCAGUGACUAUAGUACUUUGAGUUAA